AUGACGGUCACUGAGUAUGAAGCUAAGUUCACUGAGUUGUCCAGGUAUGUUCCAUCUUUGGUUACAGAUCAGAGGGAGAAAUUAAGACGAUUUAUAGAUGGACUAAAGGAUCAUUAUCGUGGUCCAUUGAUAUGGGAUGUAUGUAAUGGAUCUUAUGCUGAGGUGGCUAACACUGCUCUCCAUCGAGUGCAGAAUGAUGGUGUUAAGUUUUUCACUAUUGAUGGUAAAGGUGUGCUACAUCAUCAUGGAAGAUUGUGUUUUCCCAUUGUGGGUGACGUGAGACAACUAAUUCUUGAUGAGGCUUAUAAUUUGCGAUACUCUAUCCACCCUGGUCCUAUGAAAAUAAAUCAAACUUGCACAUAUUGUACUGGUGGAAAGAAGGUAUUAGUUUCGCAGGUUGAGUUGAGUACAUCAUUUCAUCCGCAGAUCGAUGGGCAGUCUGUCUACCAGUCGAGCAUUCAAAUGGCACCAUAUGAGGCUCAAUAUGGUCGCAAUUGUCGUUCACCAGUUGGCUGGUUUGAGCUCAACGAAGUACAAUUAUUAGGUACUAAUUUAGUUCAACAUAUAUUGGAGAAGGUUAUGGUGAUUCGAGACCGACUUAAGCUGUUACAAAGUAGGAAGAAGUCCUAUGCAGAUAAGAGAGUCCGUGAUUUGGAGUUUGCAAAAGGAGACAAAGGCUUUUUAAAAAGUUUUUCCUAUGAAAGAAGUUAUGAGAUUUUGCUGGAAAGCCAUAAGAUCUAUCCAGAGGAUGUAGAUCUUGAUGAGAAUCUGACUUAUGAGGAAAGACCGAUAGUUAUUCUUGAUAGGAAAUUGCGACAGUUGAGAUAA